CAAUACACACGGACACAGACCGCCUUUUCUUUCAACUCGAACAAAAGAAAAGCUUCAAGGGAGGGCUCUCUUAAACCCCAAAACAAUUUUGCUCUCGCUUCACAUAAACCCUAAUCUUGCGCCUCUUCUUCAACAGGUUUCGAUGGCUAUUGACGGGAGUUUCAAUCUUAAACUGGCGCUGGAAAGGUUUUCUGAACGUUGCCCCAAAGUCGCAGCUUUUCCAUUAUUCAAAUCGAUUCUCAGCAACGGAGAAGAAGUGGAGGAGGUGAUUAAUGCUUUAUCUGACGUGUUUCUUCACCCGGAGCUUACUAUUCCAUUGGUUCAUUACUUCCUUCCCAUUAUCAAAAGAGUUGUAGAUAGAGUGGUGGGUCUUCUUCAUCUAGUGGGUGAUCUCAGCUCAAGUAGUGAUUACUCAGACGAUGUAUCAGUCUUGGAAAAUGCGUUGAACGAAGGUGUUAGUUUCAUUGAUUUUUAUGUUCGGCGUGGACAAAGGCUGGAGCUUCAUGAGUCUGCUUGCUUAGCCUUCAGCCGUGCUCUUCAUCUAAACACCUCCUUGCCAGGGUCUAUUCUAAGUUAUUUUAAGAAAGCUCCACCACCAUACGAGCGGAUUCUUGUGAAAUAAAUCAUUUCUGAGUCGCAGAUGGAGGCUACUACAGCUGCAUACUUGCUGUGUCUUCAAGUAUUAUAUCGUUUUCUGGUUAUUAGACCUGAGGUUUUCUCUAAGUUGUGGGACUGACUGGUCCUGUUACUUGGACUCCAUGAAAAGUCUCUCAGACUGCCCUAGCCGGAAAAGGCAUCUUGUGGAAAAGCAUCGAGAGGCUGUGUGGUGUGGGAUACAAAUUCUGUCUGUUGUUUUAAGAUGCACUGACAGAAUGGCAGGAUGUUUCGGUUUUGGAGGAGAGGAAGCAUUCUCAUGCUUGCUACGCUGGGAAGAAUUUUUUCAGGAUAUAGAAAUAGAAAAGGCUGGAUCGGACGUUCAAUUGCCCAACAUACGAGGGGUUGCGGUCUUUACAAGAUUUUAGUGCCCUUGCACCUGGUAUUCACAAGAAACAAUCAGCAGGGAUGGAAGAAAAGGAGCCGCUGAUGAAGAUCCGAAGGGUGGACACCUGGGAUGUCAAAUCUUUCGCUGAACCAUUUGAAAUUCACUCUAGGGUGAAAAAAUCUUUUUAAAUGGUCUCAUUGGCUGUUAGUCAAAAACGACCUGUUCUUCUGUAUGGUCCCUCGGGAUCUGGAUAGCCUGCCCUCAUUAAAAAGUUGGCUGAUGAGAGUGGUAACCAUGUUGUAUUUAUCCACAUGGAUGAUCAACUUGACGAGAAAACGCUGGUUGGCACUUAUGUGUGUACUGAUCAACCUGGAGAAUUUAAAUGGCUGCCUUGUUCACUUACCCAGGCUAUUAUGAAUGGUUUCUGGGUGGUUCUUGAGGACAUAGACAAAGCUCCAUCAGAUGUCCCCCUUGUCUUGUCACCUUUGCUGGGAGGCUCAUGCUCAUUCGUGACCAGCCAUGGAGAGGUGAUAAAGAUAGCAGAGAGUUUCCAACUGUUUUCAACCAUAUCCACACCCGAAUGCAGUGUAUCACACAUCGGGGAAGCUGGAAAUUCUCUAAGUCCUCUUUGGAGGAGAAUUGUUGUUUAUCCACCAGAUCGUGAAAGCUUGCAAAAUAUUGUGGGUGCUCGGUAUCAGAACCUGAUACUUAUUGAAACUUAUGAAAAAGUCAACUCUGCUCUUCGUCCCCAGUUUUCUGGUUCGGCAACUGAAAACUCAGCUACAUUCAGUUCCCCGAGUAGUUUUUCACUGAGAGAUUUGCUCAAGUUGUGUGAACGAGUUCAGGGUCUGCCCUCGUAUGAUGGUCAUGCAAUUUCUCUGGAGGCAGCAGAUAUAUUCUCUGCUUCUUAUAUGUCAACUCAAAAUCGAGCGACUGUAAGUGAAAUCGUGGCUAGCGUUUGGAAUGUUCUUGUUCCAGAAUCUCAGCAUAAGCCCCCAAUUCAGGAACUUUCUAAAACGCUUAAAAUUGGCAGAGUGUCUCUACCACUUGGCGAAACUGCGUCACAUGACCGGUCGAGGUUUGUUGAAACACGCACAUCCACACGGUUACUUGAGAAAAUAGCCCGCUCUGUUGAGUACAACGAGCCAGUUCUCUUAGUAGGAGAAACAGGGACAGGGAAAACUACUCUAGUUCAAAAUCUUGCACAGUGGAUCGGACAGAAACUCACAGUUUUGGUGUGUUUUUAGCGUACAUUCUUCUCUAUAGUAAUUGUUUCAUAUAAUUAAGGGGAAAAAGUUAAUGUAGACCUAAUUUAUCCGUUUAUUACUAGAUUAGAGCAUCAUUAUUGGGGUA